GUUGUGUUGCGAUGAAGAAUACCGGCUGAUCCGGCACCUGAUGGGGAAGUACGACGCAUCGGUCCGCCCGGUCGAGAACUCCUCACAUCCAUUACUGGUUACGUUCGGAGUUUCGCUACAUCAUAUAAUUGAUGUUGAGGAAAAAGAUCAGUUGCUGACAACGAAUUGUUGGAUCACACAAAUAUGGACAGACUAUCAUCUCAGGUGGAACACGAGUGAUUUCGAUGGUAUUGGAGUCAUCAGAAUACCCUACGAGAGGGUUUGGAGACCAGACAUCAUUUUGUAUAACAACGCUGAUCCGAACUACAGGUCGGCGGUGAUCAACACAAACGUGAUAGUAAAGCAUACAGGAGAGGUGACGUGGCUGAGCCACGGGAUAUACGUGUCUGUCUGUGACAUUAAUGUGGAGCAGUUUCCUUUUGACGUACAAUUGUGCACUAUGAAAUGGGCGUCAUGGACUUACGACGGAUUUCAGUUGGAUUUGAAGAAGCAGUUCGACGAAGGUGACACUACCAACUAUCAGACGAACGGUGAAUUCGACUUGGUCAGUUUUGAGGCGAUAAGACACAACCAGUAUUAUUCGUGUUGCGUUGAGCCUUAUCCCGACAUCACCUACGUCAUCAAGCUGAGAAGAAGACCGAUGUUCUACGUUUUUAAUCUGAUUCUUCCAUGUUUGCUCAUCAAUGGCAUUGCCUUGUUGGUAUUCUACGUUCCAUCAGAAUCGGGUGAAAAAGUGACGUUAGGAAUAAGUGCUCUCUUGUCUAUGACAGUAUUUCUAAUGACCAUCAGAGACACUUUACCACCAACAGAGAAAACACCGCUAAUAAGUCUGUACUAUGGAGUGAGCACAUGUUUAGUAUCGUUUUCAGCAUCACUAUCCGUGGUAACACUCAACAUAUCUUACAGAGGAGUGAGAGGGCAGCCGGUGCCGGCGGUGGUGCGCGACAUCGUGCUGCACCGGCUCGCGCGCCUGCUCUUCAUCAACUUCGACACCGACGCACCGAAGGGUGAAAGCGGGACGAUGGCGCCGAGCGGUGUGCAGGUGAACCCGCGCACCGGCUCACGUCUCAAGACGGAGGUGCGCUGCGACGGAGCACCUCUGGCACCUGCCUCCCCGAGGUUCGCGCGCCACAACCACAACCAUCUCGCUGGGUCUAAUGUUGCUGCAAGUGCAGUGGCGGGGAACGAACCCGUGCCCGCGACGACUUGCUCCCGCUGCGCGUGCUGCGGGUGCACGCUGCGCGAGGCGGCCGCACGCCACGAGCAGAGGGUUGCUGCCAACGAACGACUGGAACGGGCCAACUUGGAGUGGAAACAGGUGGCAGUUGUAGCUGACCGCGCUCUUCUAGCAGUAUUCGUGCUGGUCACCACUAUCGCAACGGCGGCCAUCUUGCUGCCCCAACUGAACAACCUUCACGUCGGAAACACACCCCUCAAACCACCCAUUUAGGAUCCAAGUCGACUGCAGUGUUUUCUUACCAACGAAUUGUAAUUGGAAUAUGAUUGUGACUCCACGAGCUCUACUUUAAGUCUAUUUUUAUUCUUACGCUUUCGUUUUGGUUAAUGGGAAGAGAGCCACGAGUACGAGUGCCAAAUUUUUAAGUUAAUAUUGUUAUGCUGGAGCCACACUAACUCGAGAAGAGAUGAAACGUAGCUACGAUGACAAUGCUGCCGUGGUUAUCGAGAGGACACUACGGACAGAAAAAGUGACUCUGCUCUAUUACAUGAUAAACUAGAUUAUAUUAUUGUUCUUACAGCUGUUUAUCAAACAAUAAAAUGCGUUUAUAAUGGUAAAUGUAUGAGACCUAGAUAGGAAGAAAGUUCGUUUAAUGAACAUUCCAAAUCAGUUAAAAAAAAUUGACUGCCUUUGACCUACUGCCCUAUCGAUUACCACAAUAGAAUGGCUUUCAUUGUGACGUCAGGAAUAUGAUUUUGAUAUAUCACAGUGUUUUUACACCGUUUUUAUUACGAUAAAGAAUGUUAGUGUGGUCCCGUCAUUAUAAUAUUUUGAAGCGUUUAAAGUAAAGGAAGGAUUUUUAAAUACUUCAAAGCAAUUGUUGGAUAUCAUGUAAUGCUUGCCAAUUAUAUGUUAGUCGUGAACAUAUGAACGAAUUUGUUACUGAGAUUAGACGAUUUUACAAGUAUGUAGUAGAUGUGUAGAUAUUGUUACUUUACAAUGGAUAAUAAAUGUGAAUACUAAAUAAGUAAUCUAUACUAUUAUAUAAAGCUGAAGAGUUUGUUUGUUUGUUUGAACGCGCUAAUCUCAGGAACU